AUGGUAGAGGCAGACGACCACCAUGGGGGAGAGAACAAGGGGGGUAGACGAGUGACACAAAGCGCAGACCCCAGGCAGCUUCUUCUCCAAGCGCCCGGACAAGCCGGACAGUUGAUGAAAAAGGAGUUCGCGUCGAUCGGGGGUAGUGUAAGCCCAAUGACACUGUGCAACGAGGCAUGCGCAAGCACAGGGGCCAAGUCGCGGAGUCCAAAAAUAGGAAUAAUCAAAGUGUUUCCUGGACGGAAACUUUCAGAGAUUAAACUGAAAAGAACAGAUACUACACUUGAUCUAAGCCAAUAG